AUGCUUCCCCUUCCGGCCACCGCCACCCUUUCCACCACCGCCACCCUUCCGGCCACCCCAUCACACCCCUCUCCCUUCUCUUCAGUGCACUACCACCCACCACCACUCCUCCAGCCCCGAUCUGGGUCAGAACAUUUCGGGCAGCGCACCAAUCCCGACUCCGUCUCCCUCGCUGCCGCUUUCCCAACUCAUCAUCAAUCAAUAUACCCUUCAGCUUCCAGUUCCGCAGCCGGUGCACCUCUCCACCCAGACGAUUCGAAUCUCCACCACGGUAGCAACAGAGGAAGAAUCGGCCAGUUCAGGCCGCGAAUCUAG